AUGAACACUGCUGGUGGGGUGUGUCUGUCUGUGCUGUCCUCUCUCCUGGCCGUGGCUGGAGCUCUGGCUGCCGUGUCUGCCCUGGCUCUAGCGCCUCUCUCUGCCCUGGCUGAGUCUGCCUAUGGGGCUGCCGAUGGCGUCCCCAGCACCGGGGCAGAGGGAGCCCCCCCACCCGUCUCCACAACAUGCUCCAGCCUUGUAGCUGGGGUGCUCUACGGGUCUUUCUCCCUACGGGAGCUGUUCCCCUCCAGGGCGCCGGGCUGUUCCUGGUCCCUGGAAAACCCGGAUCCCACCAAGUAUUCCCUCUACCUCCGCUUCACCCGCCACCCGAUCAUCUGUCGGACACACUCCCCCAUGCUACUCUCCCUCGACCACCAUCUAUCCAAUCAGAGCUGCCCCUUGCAUUUACAGUCGGACGCUGCCAGGGAUCAGGAAGUCAUUAAUCUCUGUGGCGGCCAAUCCAACUCAGAUGGAACUUAUUCCUUCUUACAGUUUGAUAAAAACUUUGUCCAAUUGUGUCUCACAAGACACCCAGCUGCUGAUGAGCCUCAGGUAACCAAGGAAUUGCUGGAGCUGAGGCUGGUGGAGGUGUUGCUCAUUAACAACGAGAACUCCAGUCAGUUUACCUGCGGCGUGCUGUGCCGAUGGUUCGAGGAGUGUUUACGCACAGGACACAACGGAGAUCGGGAGGUUUCCGACGCGGACGGCUGCGGGAUGACCCAGACGGGAUGUAUCUGUCCGAACCACAACAUCAUGGCGCCGCCUGUUCCGCUGCUCCCGGAGACGCCCCACAGCUUCAGCAAUGGCUCGCUGGUUCCAGAUGACUGCUGUGUCACCGAGCUGCAUUCCAACGAUGCGAUCGCGAUAGCACCCAGAGAUGUCCGACAAGAUCCGUAUGACGAUGAUCUAAAGGUGAAGACACAGAGACCACGAUCAGCAGACCAGCCAGGUGUGUUUCAGGCACAAACAGGUGACCCUGCAGCAGAGGAGUGGUCACAGUGGAGUGUGUGUUCGCUCACAUGCGGGCAGGGCUGGCAGGUGAGGACGCGCUCGUGCGUUUCUUCGCCCUACGGGACGCUGUGCAGCGGCGCCCUGAGGGAAACACGCAUGUGCAACAACACUGCUUCCUGUCCGGGAGACCCUGGGAUCACAGGCUCAGUGGAGGGCCAGUGGCUGGAGUGGGCGCCGUGGUCCAAGUGCAGCGUGACGUGCAACACGGGAACCCAGGAGCGGCAGAGACGCUGCAGCUCGUCGGUGCACGGCUGGGCUGAGUGUAAGGGCCCCCAUCAGGAGAGCAGGGACUGCGUCAACCCUUCGUGUGGUGGUGGAGGUAACUGGGGCAGCUGGAACCACUGGAGUCUCUGCAGCAAGACAUGUGACUCGGGUUGGCAGCGUCGCUUCAGGAUGUGCGAGGGCACCGGUGCACAGAGCUACCCCUGUGAUGGCUCAGGAGAGGAGGUUCGCUCCUGCAACGAGAAGAAGUGCCCUGCUCCUCAUGAGAUAUGUAAAGACGAGCACCUCCUCUCGAUGUCCUGGAAGAGAGCCUCAGCUGGAGAAACCGUCUACAACAAGUGUCCUACUAACGCCACUGGAUCUGCUAGUCGUCGUUGCAUGCUGGACAUUACUGGAGUUGCUUUCUGGGGUCCUCCGAGCUUCGCCAGAUGCGUCUCACUUGAAUUUAGAUAUUUACAUUUAACUUUACGAGAGCAUCUCGCGAAGGGUCAGAGGACCCUGGCCGGGGAGGGCAUGUCUCAGAUCGUAAGGACUCUCCUGGAGCUCUUUCAGAGGAGGAGCUACUACAGUGGCGACCUUCUCUUUUCCACGGAGAUCCUGCGAAAUGUGACGGACACCUUCAAAAGAGCAACCUACAUCCCAGCUCCCGACGACGUGCAGAAAUUCUUCCAGAUAGUCAGUCACAUGUUGGACAUGGAAAAUCUAGAGAAAUGGGAGGACGCUCACCAGGUCGCUCCCGGUGCCGCUUUGCUGAUGAGGACAGUCGAGGAUUUCAUUCACCUCAUCGGCGAAGCCCAGAAGCCUUUUCAGAGUUUUCUGGUGGUUACAAACAACCUCAUGGUAACCAUCCAACGAGAGCCGGUAUCAGCAGUUUCCAGUGAUAUCAACUUCCCAGUGAGGGGCCGGAGGGGGAUGAAGGACUGGGCCAGAAACUCAGAGGACAAGCUCUUCAUCCCUAAAGAGGUCUUCACCAUCCCCACAGAAGAGACAGAGGCAGAUUCGGAGUCGACAAUGUACUACGUCAUUGGAGCCAUCUUGUACCGGACGUUGGGCGUCAUCCUGCCUGUGCCAAAUCCCCCUGCGGUGAUCAACUCCAAGAUCCUGACAGUGACAGUGCGUCCUGAGCCGCAGCCCAGCGAGCCCAUGGUGGUGGUGGAGCUGUCACAGCUUUUAAAUGGUACAUCAGAUCCUCAGUGCGUUGUCUGGGACUACGGCAACCCGGAAGCUGGCGCGGAAAACUGGGGCACAGAAGGCUGCCAAACGCUCGCGUCAACCGCUGUCCACACCAAAUGCCUGUGCAGCAGGAUAUCCACCUACGCCGUGUUAGCGCAGCAAGCUAAAGACCCGGACAUGGGUCCCUCCAGCAUACCCUCCGUGCCCCUGAUGGUAGGCUGUGGAGUCUCCUGCUCAGCCCUGCUCAUCCUGCUGCUAAUCUACGCUGCCUUCUGGAGGUACAUCCGUUCGGAGAGAUCGAUCAUCCUGGUGAAUUUCUGCCUCUCCAUCCUGGCCUCCAAUUUGUUGAUUUUGGUUGGACAAUCUCAAACGCUUAGCAAGGGCCUCUGUACUGUGACCGCCGCGUUCCUGCAUUUCUUCUUCUUGGCGUCCUUCUGCUGGGUGCUGACAGAAGCGUGGCAGUCCUACCUGGCCGUCAUUGGCAAAAUGAGGUCGCGGCUCAUUCGCAAGCGUUUCCUGUGCCUCGGCUGGGGUCUUCCCGCCCUCGUUGUAGCAGUGUCGGUGGGUUUCACCAGGGCAAGAGGUUACGGCACAGCCAGCUACUGCUGGUUAUCCUUGGAGGGCGGCCUGCUUUAUGCCUUCGUUGGACCUGCUGCCGUCAUCGUUUUGGUGAAUAUGCUCAUUGGAAUCGUGGUGUUUAACAAGCUCAUGUCUCGAGACGGCAUCUCCGACAAGUCUAAAAAGCAGCGAGCAGGUGUCCCGGCGGAGGCGCGGAGCCGACUGCUCCUGAAAUGCUCCAAGUGUGGCGUGAUCUCGAGCACCGCGCUGUCCAGCUCGACUGCCAGCAGUGCCAUGGCGUCUCUGUGGAGCUCCUGUGUGGUUCUCCCUCUCUUAGCGUUAACCUGGAUGUCAGCCGUGUUGGCCAUAACCGACCGGCGCUCCACACUCUUCCAGGUCCUUUUCGCCGUCUUUGACUCCGUCCAAGGUUUCGUCAUCAUCACCGUCCACUGUGCGAUGCGCCGGGAGGUGCAGGACGCGGUGCGCUGUCGGAUGGGGGGAUGCAAAGACGACAGCGAGAACUCGCCCGACUCCUGCAAGAACGGACAGGUGCAGAUCAUGAGAGGUCCAAAUGUGAGCUACUGUGGGCAGCAGUGCGGCUCCCUGCGUUACGGCACCCCCCCGUGCCUCUCGGCAUGCCAGACGCAGCCGCUCCCGCCGCCGUGCCACCAGGCAUGCCAGCAGGGCUACCACAGUCUACCCCGCGGCAACCAUAUCCCCGGGCUAGACCACAGCCACGCCCUCAGCCAUGCACAUCAGCAUAGCCCCAUCCUGAACAAUACCCACAACCAUGCUCAUAACCAUAACCACGCCUUCCACCACAUCGGCAGCCAACGAACGGAUUUUGAGAAGGACGUGGACUUGGCGUGUCAAACAGAGAGAGGACACCCAUUCAUUUUCAAGGAGGUCAACACCUGUAACCCAGCAACCAUCACCGGGACCCUCUCCCGCAUCUCUCUGGAUGACGAGGACGAUCCCAAGCUGGCAGCCCAUCAGGAGGGCGGAGUCGGAGUCAACUUCAGCUCCCUCCCCGGGAACAUUCCCCCUCCCAACAUGAUUGUACAGGUUCCGACACUAGGCGGCCUCAACGAGCUGAGCGAGACGCCCCUGAAGAAGGAGAUGAACGUGGACCAGCAGAGGCAGCAGGGGCAGCAGCACAGCGGUGCUCAGAUCUACCUGUGCACCGAGAGCGGCCUGGGCUGGGCGCGCCCGCCGGCGUCCUCCAACAACUCCCAGGAUGGAAGCGCUGGGAGUGGAGGAAGUGGCGGAGGAGGAAGUGGCGGAGGAGGGGAGGGAGACUAUAUGGUCUUGCCUCGUCGGACGGUCAGUCUCAAGCCCCCAGCACUGGGCCUGGGGGGCGAGGAUAAGCCUCUCAACAUCGCGGUGGAAGACCCUCCCUUCCCGCCGCCUCCCUCUCCCCUGACCCUCCACCCGGCUGAGAGCGAGGCCUACCCGGUAGAUUUUAUCCCGUCCAGUGUGGGCGACAUGAACAUCACCAUGAACCUCAAUCGCUCCUAUGGGACGAUCAAAACCAUGCCCCACGGGCACGCCCACAUGAUGGCGCCGGGUGGUCUCGUACACUCCCACGGAGGACACAUGCACUCCCACGGGCAUUCACUGCAGCUGAAGCAGGGCCACAGGCCUUCAGUCAGGCAGAUUCUGACGGGGGGGUCAACGGUGGAGAGAACCAGGACCCUGCCACGGAACCUGGGCAGCACCAACGCCAACACCAGCCACUCGGCAGGAUCCCUGGAGAGGAAAAGAGUUCGGUACUCUGAGCUGGACUUUGAGAAAGUGAUGCACACUCGCAAAAGACAUUCUGAGCUGUACCAUGAGCUCAACCACUCGUCCAAGUUCCACACCAUAGACAGGUAUAGCAGGGACGCAGCCAUGUCCACAUUCAAGGACAAGUCAACCCCAGAGGACCAGAGCUCCUGGGACAGCUUCAAGACCAUGACCCCCGAGCUGUCCAUCGUGCCUGGGGAGCAGAAGGACCGGAUGGAGUUGCACAAUAAGAACUGGGACUCCUCUUCUGCCAACACACCCGACUCGUCCGAGGGAGACUUCCAGACUGAAGUGUGA